UCUUCAACAUUUAAUUUAACUCCCGGGACUUUUCAACUCCAUUCCUCACCAAACAUCACCAGGAAGCCAAUUUGUAAUAAUUUUUUUUUUUGGGAAAAAAAACAAAAAAAAAAAUCGGAAUGAUCGCCCAGUCUCUCUCGGCUGACGCCUGAACCUGUCGUUUCUUCUUCACUGAUCCUUAAAAAUUUCUCAAAAAGUAUAUGCCGCUUGGUGUUUCUCUCGUUCAAUCCCUCAUUUCUUCCCGUUUCCAACGCCAAAAUCGCUUAAUUCCAUCAAAUUCAAACCACGAUUAAGGCACAUGGAAGUGAUUAUCAAUACCUUCACACUCUUUUCCAUCGUUUUCUCCCUCUUCUUUCUCUUCUUCUUCAUUCUCCUCCUCCAAACCUUCGCCGGAAAAUCCAUAACCAACUCCGACUACUCGCCGGUGUACGGCACCAUAUACGGCCAGGCUUUCUACUUCAAUAACCUGUACGACCAUCUGACGGCGGUGGCGAAGCGGCAUAAAACCUUCCGACUCGUCGGGACGGCGUACAGCGAGAUAUAUACAGUUGAUCCGAGAAACAUCGAGCAGAUAUUGAAGACGAAAUUCGACAAGUACAGAAAAGGAAGGAAAGAUCAAGAAGUGUGUGGUGAUUUGUUCGGAGAAGGAAUAUUUGCGGUGGAUGGAGAAAAAUGGAAGCAGCAGAGGAAAUUGGCGAGCUAUGAAUUCUCGACGAAGAUUCUUAGGGAUUUCAGUUGCUCUGUUUUCAGAAGAAAUGGUGCUAAACUUGUUGGAAUUGUUUCGGAGUUCGCCGCCACGGCUCGGGUCUUCGACGUCCAGGAUUUGCUAAUGCGAUGCUCUUUAGACUCCAUUUUCAAAGUUGGGUUCGGCGUCGAUUUGAAUUGCAUGGAGGAACCAAGCAAAGCAGGGAGCGGGUUCAUGAAGGCCUUCGACGAUUCUAGCGCUCAGGUUUUUUGGCGAUACAUCGAUCCUUUCUGGAAAUUGAAAAGAUUUCUCAACAUCGGCUCCGAAGCUUCGUUUAGGAACAACCUCAAACUCAUCGAUGCUUUUAUGCACCACUUGAUCAGUGCCAGGAGAAAAUUGCUUCACCAACCAAAUCUCAAGAAUGACAAAGAGGACAUACUUUCGAGGUUUCUGAUGGAAAGUGAGAAGGAUCCAACAAGAAUGAAUGAUCAAUAUCUAAGAGAUAUAGUCCUGAAUUUCAUGUUGGCUGGCAGGGAUACAAGUGCAGGAACUCUGUCUUGGUUCUUCUAUAUGCUAUGCAAGAACCCUUUAAUACAGGAAAAAGUUGCAGAAGAAGUGAGCCAAAUUGUCGGGGUUCAAGGGGAAGAAGCUGACAUAAAUUUGUUCAUACAAAACUUAACCGAUUCAGCUAUUGAUAAAAUGCAUUAUCUUCAUGCAGCAUUGACGGAGACUCUAAGGCUCUAUCCUGCUGUCCCUGUGGAUGGAAGGACUGCAGAAAUAGAUGACGUUCUUCCUGAUGGCUAUAAACUAAGAAAAGGGGAUGGAGUAUACUACUUGGCCUAUUCCAUGGGUAGAAUGCCCUGUCUUUGGGGAGAAGAUGCUGAAGAUUUCAAACCUGAGAGAUGGCUUGAAAAUGGAUCUUUUCGGCCUGAAUCGCCUUUCAAAUUCAUCGCAUUUCAUGCGGGUCCUCGAACUUGUUUGGGGAAGGAUUUUGCUUAUCGACAAAUGAAGAUAGUAUCCGCUGCACUGCUUCAGUUUUUUCGAUUCAAAUUAGCCGAUCCAACGAGAAAUGUAACUUAUAGGAUCAUGCUUACCCUUCACAUAGAUGGAGGUCUCCCACUUCUUGCAGUUCCAAGAGUAAGAAAUUUUACUUAAAGCAUUGUGAAAGAGUGUACAAGGUAAAAGAACUAGUUGGUAAUGUGAAUUCUCCUCUUCUUCCACUUCCAAGAAUAAGAAAAUUACCUAUAAUGUAUUAUCAGAAAAGUAUACAAGGAAAAAGGACUAGUUUGCAAUGUGAAUUUACUCAUGUCGCGUGUGUGUGUGUGUAUAUAUAUAAGCAGGCUUGUUAUGAAUUAACUAAUGGAUUGUCAAAAUAAUUACCCAAGUCAAACUCCCUUCAAUUGUU